GGCACAGAACGUCUUCGAAGGCCAGUGCAAAGGAUUGCAGAGGCCAGCUUGAACCAGAAAAUGAAUUUUGCAAACAAAAUGAGAACGUUGUUGGUGAUUGCACUCCUGUCCCUGUCUCUGGCGCAGGCCACGCAGGUGCGGCAGCCCACCGAGGCAACCACAACGACAGGGAAACCUCAGCAGGUGGAGCUGCCGGAGCACAUACAAACACUGAUAACCAAUCACAUCCAUCACGUGCUCCAGAACGUCAAGAACAAGCCUCAGAAGCCCCACACAUUGACUGGCACUGUGGGGGCGGCGAGCAAAGGGAGCGUGUCGCAAGUGGUUGAGCCCUUUUCAGGUCUCCUUCCACCACUUGCACACUCUAGUGAUGUCCACAUCCCUGCCCCUGACCAGCCAACGGCUUCACCUGCGCUGCAACCUACUCUACAAUCGCUGCAAGCUAAUGAUCCACAGGUGAGGGUGAUAAAUCACGAGGCCACCGGCUCUCUCCUCCAUCAGGGGCGAUUGGUGGCACAGAACAAUGUGGUGAUGCCACCCGUUCCGUAUGUGGUGCUCUCUCUGCCCGGCCAGCAGCCCGUCGGUGUUGCAGACAAGGUGAACAAGCUGCAGCAGCAUGUCAGCCAGGUGAUGAAACAGGCCCAGCUCCACAUUCCUCUGGCCAUUCAAGAGGCGAUCAAGAUCAAGAAGGAGCAGCAGAAUCAGCAGAACCAGCACAAGCAGCAGGAACAGAGCACGGAUGAGGUGAAGGAUCAGAAUAAGGAAGAACAGAAAAGCCAACAGCCGGAUAAGGGGAAACAUCAGGAUAAAGAAAAUGAAACGUCGCCCCAGCAGGACUCCUCGUCAACACCACUGCCAACGAAAAGCAAAACAGGUCGCUCCCUGGACAAGUGGCAUCACCACGCCAACCAGGUGCACAUCCCCCAGUUGAUUGCCGAACAUGGAGAGGAGAUUGAGCUGGGCAAGUGCAGCUUCCAGUGUCCGCGUCAGGCCCUAUCCAUCUGCGCCAGCAACGGCAAGUGCGUAGUCAACUUUCCUGGCCAAUGCGAGCUGAGUCAAUGGAAUUGCUUCAAUACCAAAAAUGUUUUCCAUCAAGUGCACGAUUCCCAGUGCCAGAAUACCAUCAAGUGCUAUAAGCGAGACAUGAUGUAGAAAAGUCGCAGCUCAAGGGAAUAUACAUAUCUACAAUUAUGCAGAAAAAUAUCUCACAGUUUAAUAAAGAAUUUGUUUUAGCCAUGCA